AUGUCCAACAUUCUCCGCGUCUUUUCGAAGCAUGCACGCUCAUUGACACAGUCGUCUAACACCCGUAUUAUUGCACUAGAGCGUUCAUUUCACUCGCCCUUUGUGGUGCUCAACUCUCCGGCUUCGAACGCAUCGCCAGUGUCGGCGUCACAGUACGAAAAACAACAUGACCACUCUCCUGAACCCCAAAUAUCAUCAGCUGGCACGCGCACUUAUGUGGUAUCAGAGCCUGAUCCUGCCGAUACCCCUUAUGCGGUGCCAUCGGGCGCAUAUCCCACUACAACGCCUUACGUCAACUUCAGACCCACCGGGAAAUAUAGUGCAGGCAGCGCCAGCAUUCCCCACUCUUUUACAACUCGUGCUAUUCCAAGAAGUAAAAACAGCGUUGAUGAAAGUACAUAUGGAGAAGCACCCAAUGGGAUGGAACUUCGCGACAGAAACCCAUUCCUUGAUUCGGAUGUAGUCCUGCGUUGGUCCAAACUAGGCGUAGAGGGUGCAUGGAAAGAGCGGAAAUAG